UCCUUGGAGUGUAUGAAUGAACAACAUGCAGAGGGAUAGUUUAGCUACUGGAGCUAGCCAGCUGUCAGUUUCCUAACAAAUGAGUCGCAGACAUUUGGAAAUUACAAUCUUGUUUAUUACAACUAAGCGCUUUUGACUAACGGGACAGGAAACAUGGAGGAUAAAGGUCAAAAGCCAGAAGCAGAUGAGAACAGUUUUGAAUCACUGGAGAAGGAGUUCCAGGAGGUUCUCGAUGAGCUGGUGGGAGACAAGAGCCUGGACAAAUUCCGGGUUGAAUAUGAGAAACUGACCAAUGCCCUGAAGAAGUCCCACGAGAGCGAGAAGAGGCUGAUGACAAAAUGCAGGGAGCUGAAUGCAGAGAUAGUGUCCAAUUCAGUAAAAGUUGCUACUGCACUGAAGUUGUCCCAGGAAGAUCAAACGACUAUAACUUCUCUGAAGAAGGAAAUAGAAAAGGCUUGGAAAAUGGUUGAUGCAGCCCACGAUAAAGAGCUCAGAGCAAAAGAGACAAUUCAAACAUUGAAACAUGAAAUUUCAAAUCUAACAAAACUUGUUGAACAAGGUGCUGGCUUGUCCGUGGGUCAAGAACAUGGUGUAAAUGAUCUGCUGAAAAUCAAAGAGGAACUAACCAAGGAAAGAGAUGAACUGCUUACGGAAGUGGUGACUCUGCGAAAGAGUCUAACAAAGGCCACCGCCAGUCAACAAGAGAUGGAGGUUCAAAAGGAAAAGGCAAUGGAAACCAUAUCUCAGCUCCAGCAAGACAUCCAGGUCCGUCAGAACGAGUGCUCGCGGGAGACACGGCGGAAGGAGAAGCUGGAGAAGGAAGUGAAGCAGCUGCACACAGACCUGGAUACCAAGCAGUCGGACAUCAAAGUGCUGAACCUGCAGAGCCAGCGCAGCAAAGAGGAGCAGCAGAGGCUGGAGCAGCAGCUGCGGGAGCAGAAGAUUCUCAAUGAGCGGGCCACAAAGGAGCUGGAGCAACUGCAAGUGAGAAACACCAAACUCCAGCAGGAGAAUGAACAGAAUGCCCUGAGUUUGGAGCAGCUCUCUCUCGACACACAACAAAGGGCAUCUGACCUUAAGAUAAAGGAGGAGGAGGUGAAUCAGAUGCGUCAGGAGAUUGCCAAACAAACAAAGAUGAGAGAGGCCACUCAACGGAAGUUCCGACAGACGGAGGAUCAGAAGUUGGAAGUGGAGCAGCAGAGGGACAUGCUGAAAAACCAGAUCGCUGGCCUGGAGAGAGAAAUGGAGUCCUCCAAAAAGCAGAUGGAGAUUGACAAGAAAGGCAUUGACGAACUGGUGCGGGAAAGAGACAUCCUGAACAAGGUAUAACAUUGGAUCAAGGCAGCUAAUGCCACGGAGAAGCAGCUGAAUAUAGGGAAGCUCCAUGAGCAGUCCAAGAAGAACCUGGACCAGGAGAUCAUGAACUACCGCGACGAGGCCCAGAAGCAGCGCAAGAUCAUCUACCAGCUAGAGAAGGAGCGUGACCGCUAUAUCAACGAGGCCAGCGAUCUCACACACAAGGUGCUCCAACACAUGGAGGACAUUAAAAUGAGGGAGAUGCAGAUCUUUGAGUACAAGAAGAAGAUUGCAGAGGCAGAGACCAAGCUCAAACAGCAGCAGAACCUCUACGAGGCGGUCCGAUCUGAUCGGAACCUCUACAGCAAGAACCUCAUCGAAGCCCAGGAUGAGAUCACAGAGAUGAAGAGGAAACUGAAGAUCAUGAACCAUCAGAUUGACCAGCUAAGGGAGGAGAUCAACAGCAAAGAGUCUGCCCUGGUCAAGGAGCACCUAGAGUUCCAGCGAGUGGAGAAAGAGAAGGAGGCUCUGAAGGCCGAGCUCCAGAAGAUGAAGCAGCAGGCUCAGGAGACGAAGCAGUUUAUCGACAACCAGGAGGCCGAGGAGAGAAAGCUGCUUAAGAUCAUAUCCGAUGCUGAUGCUGAGCGGCUCAGACAGAAGAAAGAAUUGGAUCAGGUGAUCAGCGAGCGAGAUAUCCUGGGCACUCAGCUGGUGCGGCGAAACGAUGAGCUGGCCCUACUAUACGAGAAGAUCAAGAUCCAACAGUCCAUGCUGAACAAGGGAGAGAUCCAGUACAACCAGAGGGUGGAGGACAUCCGCCUCCUCAAGAUGGAGAUCAAGAAACUCAGACGGGAGAAGGGCAUCCUGGCCAAGACUGUGGCUAAUGUGGAAGACUUAAGACGUGAGGUUUUCCACAUGCAGAGGGAGCUUCUCAAAGAGAGGACAAGGUGCAGAGCCUUGGAGGAGGAGCUGGAGAAUCCUAUGAAUGUACAUCGUUGGAGAAGGCUGGAGGCCAGCGACCCAAGCACCUAUGAGUUGAUCCAGAAGAUUCACUCUUUACAGAGGCGUCUGAUAACCAAGAGUGAGGAGGUGGUGGAGAAAGAGCUUUUAUUACAGGAGAAGGAGAAGCUGUACGUGGAGCUGAAGCACAUUCUGUCCCGACAGCCUGGACCGGAGGCAGCCGAGCAGCUUCAAAUCUACCAGCAGACACUGAGGCAGAAGACAAAACAGCUCAAGGCUUUGUCAUCAGAGCUGAACAUGUAUGAGUCCCAGACACAGGAGUACAAGUAUGAGAUUGAGAGACUGGCCCAUGAGCUGCAGAACAUCAAGAAGAAGUACCUCACUCAGAAACGCAAAGAACAGCAGUGCAGGGAGAAAGAGAGGAGCCUGGCCCAGGUGGGACAGUCGGUGAUCCUGCCCCAGCGCAGCGACGGUCCAUGCUUCACCGGUGGAGGCUUCAGUCUUAAACAGCCUGGCAAAAUCACCACCUAGAGGGAGAGACAAGAAGCUCCCUCCAGCCUUACAACAUCUUGACACACUGCCUCUUAUCACCCCUCAUAGGACACUCAUCGUUUUCGAUACUGUUUUUAAGAGCUCUUAUAAAGGAAAAAUAAAUAUUACCAGAGUUGGGCUGUGAUUUUAUUCAAUAAAUAGAGCUUACUUCACGUA